CGACAACUCGACGGUUCUUCUUCCAGGCUUCCACCGUCCUCUUCGACCCCGCCGCCGUCCGCCGCCGCCGCCGCGCCUAGUGCCGCUCCCACUUCGACUCUUCUCCUCCAUCGAAUUCCUCAGAGACUCCCCACCUCCGGUCGCGCCGGAUCGAGGAACAUGGACGAGGAGCGGACGGCGGCGUGGUGGGGCCGGCGGGCGUGGGAGCUCCUCUCGGCGGUGCGGGCGCGGGCGCCGCUUGUGCACUGCGUCACCAACCUCGUCUCCAUGGACAUCGCCGCCAACGCGCUUCUCGCCGCGGGGGCGUCGCCGGCCAUGGUCCACUCCCUCCGCGAGGUCCCGGAGUUCACCCCGCGCUGCGACGCCGUGUGCGUCAACGUCGGCACGCUGUCCGAGGGCUGGCUCCCCUCCAUGCGCGCCGCCGCCUCCGCGGGCCGCCCCUGGGUGCUCGACCCCGUCGCCGCCGCCGCCUCCGAGUUCCGGAUGGAGGCCUGCCUCUCCCUCCUCGCCCUCCGCCCCGCCGUCGUCAGGGGGAACGCGUCGGAGAUCCUUGCCCUCGCCUCUCGCUCGCUCGCCGCCUCCUCCUCCUCCUCCACCACCACCUUCAAGGGCGCGGACAGUACACAUGAUUCAGGGGACGCUCUUCAAGAUGCAAAAGCACUGGCACGGUCCACCGGUGCCGUCAUCGCGGUGUCCGGGGCCGUCGAUUACGUCACCGACGGCGAGCGGGUGGUCGGAGUGAGCAACGGCGUGGCCAUGAUGCAGAAGAUAACGGCGACGGGCUGCGCCGCGACGGCCCUCAUCGCGGCCUUCCUCGCGGUGGUGGAGGAGCCUUCCGACGCCAUGGCCGCGGCGGCGUGCGCCCUUGCUGUCUUUGGCCUGGCCGGGGAGAUCGGGAUGGAGUCUGGCGCCAAGGGACCCGCCUCUCUCAGGAUGCAUCUCAUCGAUGCUCUCUACUGCCUCGACGUGCAGACGGUGACCUCUCGAGUCAAGAUCUCCCUGCAUUCGUGAUAAUGUUCGCUCCAUGGCCUGCCGAAUUUCAGGCCAAGUUCAGAGUUUGGAAUAACGGUGAAGGUUUGACAUAACACUAGAAAUAUGAGCGCGGCGCCACGCCUCGCACGCUAACACCUACGUGGUUAGAACUACACGUAAUUAAGGUUAAUUUGACCACAUGGAGUGGCAUAUUAUGUGCAUAUUAAUUUGAUUUAACAUCAGAUUAUUAUAUGGGGCCCCUUUUUUAAGAACUGUGUUACAUUUUUUUUC